AUGCAGGACAUCGAAGAGGCUACUGUCACCUUUCGCAAGUCCAACUUGACGACCAAGUGGUUGGCAAAGGAUCGCUUAACACUCCUCCAAUUGGCAGAAAAGUCUGGGCUGAAGCCUGACUACGGUUGUCGGUCUGGUGCGUGUGGAACGUGUGAAGUCAAGCUCUUGAAGGGGACCAUCGAUGGUAUCUUGGAGGGAGACGAUGGCGUCCUCAUAUGCAGCUCUGUUCCGGCAAGUGUUGAGGUGGAACUUGAACUGUGA